UCAUUCGACUCAGAGAGGCGUCUCACAACUCUAGCACAAGCUGUGGAAAAUAGAGGCAGAACGCAGAAGAUGGCUGACUUAACUGGGCACCUAAAGCCCUCAACGGCAUCACCAGCUUCACAUGGGCUGUUCCCAAGCUUGACAUUCGUUGUUUGGCAACUCUAAAGCGUCCCCGCCUCACACUUGUCCAGGCUACUCUUAACCGUAAAUAUAGACAGAGAAAUUAUAAAAAAUGGCAGAAAUGGAAAAAGAAGGUAGACCCCCCGAAAAUAAAAGAAGCAGAAAACCGGCUCACCCAGUUAAAAGGGAAAUCAACGAGGAAAUGAAGGUUGGGACUAAGCGCGCCCACCCAUGGGCAGCCAAGGCGGGUGAUCUCCAUGGCAACCCGCCCUACUCCAUGAGUUUUGCCGAAAACACCAUGAACGAGCUGCUGGGGUGGUAUGGCUACGACAAGGUGGAGCUGAGGGACUCGGAUAGCCUCGACAUGCGCAGCUACCCAGACGGAGAGCCUCCACAACACAUCUCUGUCCUUAAAGAAAACUCUUUGCCAAAAGUCCCAGCAUCUAUGGAGAGCAACCAUACUUCCCCAAAUCAAGCCAACAGCUCCCACUCCACGCCAACCUCCCGGAACGGAGGGACAGAGCCCUCCACCACUCCUUCCACCUCAGGGGCCAGUGUAAAGGAUCAUGGGAACAUGCCCAUAAUCGUCCCCAUAAUCCCGCCCCCUCUGAUAAAACCGCCAGCAGACGAGGACAUGUCCAACAUACAGAUCAUGUGUGCCUGGUGUCAGAAGGUUGGCGUGAAACGCUAUUCCCUCAGCAUGGGAAGCGAGUUGAAGAACUUCUGCAGUGAGAAAUGCUUCGCUGCGUGCCGCAGAGCCUACUUCAAGAGAAACAAGCUUGGAUAUGUAAGGAAUUACACUGCGAGAGAUGAAGACGGCCUUGGUGAGAAAUUACCCCAGCACAGCUAUGCUAAGGAUACGCCCAGGCUUGUCUUCAAGACAAACAGCGAUGUUCUUGUGUGUGACUGGUGCAAGCACAUCCGCCACACUAAGGAAUACCUGGACUUUGGUGCUGGUGAGCGAAGACUGCAGUUUUGCAGUGCCAAAUGCCUGAACCAGUACAAGAUGGACAUAUUUUACAAGGAGACCCAAGCAGCACUCCCAGGGGGUUUGUGUAACCCCGGGCACGGUCUGGGGGAGAGCAAGACAGAGGGAGGCACUGGAGUGCAGCUCCUCACACCGGAAUCCUGGGGCACCCCCUUGACGGACCUGCGGCAUAAGGCCCCAUCUCCUGGGGUGGGCACCUCGUCCAUGCUGGCCCCCUCCAGCUCCAGCGCCGCCUCACCCUCUGAAAGUGGCGCAGUCUGUUCCCCCUCCUCGGCCAAAAACCCGACACCUCGACCCCACGAGAGCCCCACUUUGCCCCCACCACCGGUCCCCACCCUGCACCCCGCCAUGGGUGUACCCCCAGGCAGCCCCCCCAUGGUGAUGACUCCCCGGGGGCCGGUACCGCUGCCGUUGUUCAUGGAGCACCAGAUGAUGCAGCACAUGCGCCCACCUUUCCUUCGCCCGCCCCACACCACAGGCCCAAACAGUCCCCUGUCCAACCCCAUGAUCCCUGGCAUUGGGCCCCCUCAGCCAAUGCCACCCAGGACCCUUGGCCCUCCAUCCAGCUCUAUGCACCGCCCCUUACUCUCUCCACAUCUUCACCCCUCCUCCAAUCCCAACAUGGCGGGGAUGCCCCCUCACCCAGGUCUCCACAUGCCUGGCUACCCCCCAUUCCCCCCCAUCAACAUGAUGAACGGGCACAUCCCUAUGACCCCAAUGAUGAACUUUGGCAUGCCCUCCCUCGCCCCCUUGGUGCCCCCACCCACUCUGUUAGUCCCUUACCCUGUCAUUGUCCCCUUACCUGUCCCAAUCCCCAUCCCGGUGCCUAUUCCAUAUAACCCCAAGACCUCCAGGGACCACCCACACAGCAAUGACCCCAUUCCCAGCGCCUCGGAGGAAUCUACUGAGCCCCCGGAAACACAAACCUUUUCCCCUAGUUCGUCUGGAGGGGAUGGAGACAGGAAGGGGGGGUCGUCCAGCUCCGGAGGGCCGCUUUCACCUGAAUUCUCCAGCUAUACCCCCGGCCAUUUUGGUUCGGAGAGGAGUAGGACUUCCCUUGUGGACUUGACUGUGAAGGCCGAGGAGAGUUCGGGGAGCAGCCCUAACUCAGGCCUCUCCAGCGCCCCCUCUCUGACGGAGGGUGUGAUUGACCUGACUCUAGGCCGGCGCUCACGGGGGCAGCAGGUCAUCCAGAGGGUAACGCCCAGCGUCCAGGUGAAAGUGGAGCCAGAACAGGAUUUGAGCCCUUCUCCCACCAGGCCAGCACCCCUGCAUGCCCCUGGGCUGGGGAGGGACAGCAGCCUGCCCGAGGAUUUUGUGGACGAGGAGGAGGCAAGGAAGGCUGCUGGUGGCCCGCUAGACUCAGCCUCUCCUCCUAGUGGCAACACGUCUCUCUGCAGCACAGAGCCCUCUUUGCUCCAGCCAGAGCCAUACCCCUACCAGCUCCCUCCACCCAGCAACGCCACACGGACCGAUCUCAGCGCCGCAACCUCCUGUAAUGUCCUAGUCAACGGCACCGUCCGGAGCACUCUCCUCACACCUACCUCGGAGCAGUGCCUGGACCGCAGAGGAGGAGAGGGCGGACCAGUCAACAUGGAGCUGGAGCGGGAGGCGCUGAAGGAGAACAGCUGCUCAGUAGCAGAGUGGGACACAGGUAAGCGGGUCUCAUGUGAGGAGGCGGGGGGCACUGGGGAAGGCAAACCGGAUCCCGACGGCAGUCUCGAGGACGAGGAACACGCCUAUGCACUGCCCCUGGUGCCCAAGGCUGGCUCUGAAGUCAUCCAGCCUGUGCCAAAGCCCUGCUCCGACAAGACGGCCAUCUUGUCCUGUGGCAUCAGUGCACCGCUGGCUGCCGGGAGUCCAGAGCUGGAGCCACCGCUAAAGAGGAGGUGCCUACGAAUUCGCAAUCAGAACAAAUGAGGCGGAAAAGGUUGGUCUUAAAGCGUCCCCUAUCGACGGCCCAGAGAGCCCCCUCCCUCUCCCUGUCUGUCAUGAUCUGCCUUCUCCCAGUUUUCCCACUCCUUAGCACUAAGAGGCCACAUGACUGUCAGCCGUUCUGUGAAGUUACAUAAGAGGUUAUACGUGGAAGUUCAGUGAAUGUGCCGCAAACAAGAGCACUUACAUCCCUUUUCAAAAUUACAGUACAGUUACUGUUAUCUAUUGGGAUGCAAUUACCAUUAACUAGGAGAGUACAGCAUGAAAUAAACCACAGGGUUGAUGUUGCCUAAAACACCUGAAUCUUCAAUGUUUUCAGCUGAUAAGUUACUAUUUGUUUUUUUUUGAAAGCUAAAUAUAUAUUUCUGAACAUAAAACUAAAUAUUUAUUUUGAAUAUUCCUCGUCCAGGGAUGUCAGACAUUCAGAUCUUGUAAAGGAUCAUUUCUGCUUUCAAUUCUGUUUAAUUGCUUUUCUUAGCAAAAUGAGGCUGUAGUUGAUAUUUUAUUUUGGCAACCGGAAAUAUGGUUGUGUAUGUGAUUCCCCCAUGCAACAUAAUUUCUUAUUCUAGAUUAUAUCUUUUGUUUCGUAUUCUAGUCCAGAUAAAUGGCAGCUCUCCAUCAGAGUGAGAACAGCGGAAUACUGCACUGUGGACGACAUGAACCCUCGACAAAGCCGCCUUCCCAACACCACCUCCCCAACACCACCUCCCCAACACCAUCUCCCCAACACCAUCUCCCCAACACCACCGUUCCACCCCUCCAACCCCGACAGUCCAACCUACCAGCAUUUCAGCCUUGUUACCUGAUGGGAAUUCAGACAGGCAGAUUACCAAUCCCACAGGCCAACUAGUCACCCUAAAGGGACAUGGAGGCCUUUGACCCGGAUCAGAAACCAUUCUCUCCUUUUGUUUCCUCUCAGAAAAUGCUCAGCCCACACUGCCCCUAUAAAUAAGCCUGUUCCAUCUUUUCUCAUUCAUUUAUCGUUUCAUCAUGUUUCUGCUACGAGACUCUUCAGAAACAGUGAUUGAACAGUAGCAUACCAGCAAUUCUAUGGGUGACCUGGAGGGGGGGCACUCCUGCAUUGGAAUGACCUCGAAGCACCUGAAAUAGAUAUAGGAGUUAAUGUUGUUUGCUCAACAAUGUUAUUUUCCAUUCCUUUUAUUACUAAGCCCUUUUAACUCAGUGAAACAUUUAGGCAUGCAAAUAAUGUUGAGACGGUGAAAUGAAUAUAAACUCAUAUAUGACUGUGAUUAACGUUAAUAUGAAUGUUUCCCAAUAAGCCCUUUAGAAAAAUAUAAAUAAAUAAUUGAUGAAUAAAUCCAUCUGGCAUUUUCUCAGUUGGUGUGCAAGGGUUUAUUCAGAGACAUUAUGAGUUAAUAUUGAUUAUACGUUGCUUGGAUUAUUUGCACAAAACGUGUCUCAUAUGAAAAGGCUUUUCAGUCAAAUGACGUGAAGCACUACUCACCCAACCUUCACCCCAAUUUCCACAACUAGCACAAACGCUCAUCCCAACCCAUAUCCAACCAAAUACAGUUUCCCAUCCAAUCGUUCUUUCAGUCAGCAAUGUCUGCUGGCUAUACUUGGAUAUAGCAACCAAACUAGGACACACCUUGGAAGGCAACAAUCAACAGGAAUUGUUUUGCUGAGUCGUGACUGUUGAGGAGAAUCGAUGAUGAGACGUGAUGGCUCUCGUAGAUCCCAUGAGCAUCUCCAGCAACAUGCACUCUCCACUGGAGUGAGGCCCCCGUGAGUCUGAAACUAUUUCAUGUCAGUGGUCUUUGUGUAGCGAAAAGACAAGCAUUUGCAAUAAAAUUGCAGAUUUGAUGACAACAGGGUAGAAAAACUCACCAGCAAAUGAAGGUGGGUAGAUGUUGAGUUUGUGCAAUUUUAGAAAUUGAAUCAUGGAGGAAACUGCUUAUCUGCACCUCCACUGCAUGGACACCUAAAGUAUAUAGGAUGUGGUCAGACAGUACUUUACAGCUCAAUUGUAAUUGUGAUAAUCACUGAUAUAGAUAUAUAUAUAUAUAUACAUUUGUCAAGCUGUAUGGCAUCUGUGUGUCUGAUAACUAAGGGUUAUGAGUCUAUCCAAAUCUUUGUCCAGAUGGCCGCUACUUAUCGCAAAGGAUCUUGAAAUAAGUCUCUGCCAUCCCCCUGUUAAGGAGCGGUUUGCGUUUGUAAUAACUGAGAGUCCAUGAAAAGGAUGGAAGAAGUCAAAGUGUAGAUAUUACUCCCAUCAGAGUAUCCAUCUUUUCUACAUUGUGAUUUUAAGAAGUGUCUUGAUAUACAUUGCGAGUAUUUCUUCGUUGACUGAGUGCAAGGGAGGUAACAUGCUGAAUUACAAUCACACCAUUGUUAAGCAAUGAGGGAACCCAGUAUGUAGAGAAUUACUUCCCAUCGGCUCCUUCUGGUUUUCUAUUGUCUUUUUGCAAUGUUAAACUACUGAAAACACCUGCAUCGGCUACCUGUCCGGCCCAACUGUGUUCAAAUUGAAAAGGAAUAAGAAUCAAAAGUUUACCAGUCUAAACCAAAACUCCAGAUGUUGUUUUCCAGUGUUGAGUUAUGUCAUUACAUGUUUACCAUUUAUUUAUUAACAAUGUGUCAAAUGUUGUGUCAAACCUGUUCCAUUAAUGCGAAGGUGCCAGGCUCUAUUCCAUUUCGGUCCACAUAACCAUUUGUAGUCCUGUAGGUUCUGAUAACUAUACAAGGCAGUCGACUAUGUAGUUAGCGGCAUGUACAGAAUGGAAUGAGGCCUUUAUUGGGUUGGUAUGUUUUCAGACUACCAUAUGGGAGGUCGACAUGCAUGACAGCAGAUCAUAAUAUAUCAAAUGCCAAAUACCUUACAGAAUCUUAAAUCCAACAAAAAAAAUGAAGUGGCUUGUUCUCAGUGCGAAGCAUACAUUGGAUUUAAAAUCUGCACCAAUGACAAACAAAUAUUGCAAAUUAUGGACUGAUUCCACCAACUAGUUUUCAGAUUUCUUAUAUUAGCCCACAGGCUCACAAAUCCAUAUUUUUGGCAGAUUGAUGAAAUGUGGGCUCCCUCACCCAUAGUUCUAUCUCUCUGGCCAGUCAUCUCCUCUGAUGACAAUAGGUUUAUCUAGUCUCAACGUGUGCCAGCCAGUGGGAAUCAGAGACUGCAGGUCAGAUUGGAGACUGUUGACUCUGAGUAAGCUCUGCAACACAAUCUGCUGGGUGUUGAUAGUCAGGCAUUUAGGCUCCGCUUGCCCUGUGCCAAGACUGGGAUUUUGUGUCACUGUAGUCAUUGCCUUGAAUUUCCCCGCUUUCUUCGUUCAAUCCAUGUCGGAUAUUUCUGUAGGUCUACCCAAGCCUUCGGCAUGAGAGAGGUCUAAGAUGUGUGUAUGUAUGCGUGUGUCCAUCUGUCUCCCCUCUCUGUUCAUAAUAGCCCACCACACACACACACACUUACUAGGAUGAUAGCUGAAGGUGACAACAAAAGGUACAGUCGUUUCUGAGAGAAACUGAAUAAAUUCCAUUUCCUCACAAUUUUUGCUUGACCUCGGCCAUGUAACUGCAGAGCAGGAGACAAGGACAGAUAUAGCCUUGAAACUGGAAACUAGCAGUGUCUGCGGUUCCUGCCAGAUGUGGGAGACGCUUGAAACUGAGACAAUGAAACAGGUCGUCUGUCUCAUAGAAAGUGUGUGUGUUUGUGUGUGUGUGUGCGCGUCUGUCCUUGUUAAGCUGAGGCAGGAGCACUGAUAGGAAUGCAUAUAGAAUCACACACAUUUUCCAGGUGCUUUGAGACUGACUUAAACAUUUGUCACGUACUCAUUAAAGGUAUCCCAUUAUUAUACAAUCAGUAUAGAACUGGCAUGAAAUAAGUCAAUUUAGGGUGAACAUAGUUGCCAUCUUGUUUACCUCUUUAUGACACUCCUUUUCAUGAUAAUAUGUUGGUACUUUAGCGAAGAGGAGUUUAACUACAGAUUCAGACAGGACAGAAUACUACAGCUUUGAUUCACUUUAUUUGUAUGUAAGAUAAUCAGUGCAAUGUAGUUGUGAUAUCGCUGUAGUAAUUAAUACAGUCACUGCUGCUGUUUACUCAGUCCACGUGGGAGUGCUUCUAAACAAUUGAGAGAUUUGUCACCUAGCACACUGAUGCUACCGACAAACAUACAGACACACUCACACUUAGCAUUACCUUCACAGAAGUUGCUCCCUUUGUAUCAUUUGUCUUUCAAGCUGUUUAUGUAUUGCUCUGCCGUGUUCAGUUAUUUGAGACACAUUCAUUUGAAGAUGAUUUUUAAAAAUAUAUAUUUGAGAUAAUCUUGUUUGUCUUUUUUGUGGCAGAAAGAUUGGAAAAAGAUUUGAGAGUAGCAAACGUACUGUUUGAGAAAUUUCCAACACUAGUCAAAAGAAGUGAUGGUGGCUUGGUCAACAGCCUGAAAUAUGCAAUGACAACUUCCUAUACAAAAUCUAGAGAGAGCAGAAUACCUAUCGUACGAAAACAACAACAUGAAACAUUUCAUGUGACUUUUCAAACGUAGACAGAAAAGCUGCCUUAACUCUUGCUUGUGUACUCUACAGUGCAGAUGACAAUGCUUGCUUGUAAAAAAGACCCCUUCACUUUGUAUAAAACCAAAUGGACAAAAAAAAUAACUUUGUUAUCUUGCUAGUAUUGAUGUAUAGAUGAUCCGCCUUUCUGUAACUUGUAUGAACCCUCACAUUUUGCUAAAAAGAAAAACUCCCUCAGCAACCCCGACUCCUAUGUCUCAGACAUCCAGAUCAUCCUACGUUUUACCUUGUGACGGUUUCUCAAUCUUUUUGUGUACAUUUUAUAGUAUUAUUUAUUGUUGACAAGUCUUUGCAUUUGCAAAUAAAAAAAUGUGUUGGACUAGGCAUUUUGUUCAAAUGUAAAUGCUUGGUUUAAGAGUGAAAAGCUUCUUUUAUAUUGAAAAGUGAAGAAAAUUGUCAGGAGAGGAGAGAAUCAUUGUCUUUUUAUUAUGAAGUUGUAUCUAUUAACAUGUUGCCAAGAUUGCUUUGAAAGAAAUAAUUUUGUGUUGUAACAGUAUUUGUUUUACCCAGUGAAUUGCUUAUGGAGACUAAUAAAUAGCGGCACACACCAA